AUGUCAAAACAUCGUGUAGCAAUUAUUGGAGCAGGAGCAUCAGGGCUCACUAGCAUUAAACAGUGCCUUGAUGAUGGAUUUGAACCAGUGUGUUUUGAAGCAUCAGGGCAAACGGGGGGACUUUGGAGAUAUACAGAAAUUGAUGAUAAAAAUCAUGACCCACAUUCAUCAAUUUAUAAAACUGUCAUAAUCAAUACAAGUAAAGAGGUGAUGUCAUUCACAGACUUUCCUGUUCCAUACGAAUGGCCAUCUUAUUUACAUAAUAAAGCGGUUGCAAUGUAUUUUGAUAUGUAUAUGGAAAAUUUUAAUUUGUUACCACAUAUCAGAUUAAAUUCUCCCGUACAAAGAAUUUCAAUUCGUGAUAAUAAUAAGUGGAAUGUAAAAUAUUUAAAUGAAAAUAAAGAAGAAUGUGAUGAAAUUUUUGAUUAUGUAAUGGUUUGUACCGGUCAUCAUAGAUAUCCUCGUCUUCCUAAAUACGAAGGAAUGGAUACAUUUCCCGGAAAGCAAAUGCAUUCCCAUUUUUAUCGACGUGCGAGUGACUUUGAUAACAAACGAGUAGUUGUUGUUGGAUGUGGUAAUAGUGGUAUGGAUAUUUCAGUCGAGUUAUCUGGAAUUGCAUCACAAGUUUACUUGUGUGCACGUAGGGGAACGCUUCCUUGGAUUUUACCACGUCUCGUAUUUGGAAAUACACCGAUCGAUCAUCUACAAUCUCGAAUCAAUCUUUAUUUGCCAUUAUUUAUGAAAAAUUUAAUAAUAAAAAUUAUAACACGUAUAUCGGUUGGACCACAUCCAAAAGGAUUUAAACCAAAAUCAAAACCUACGGAAGGUCACCCAACUGUUAAAACUGAAUUUUUUGAGCGUGUACAUACCGGUACAAUUAUAUGUAAGCCGAAUAUUAAGGAAUUGAGACAAGAUAAUUCAAUCGAAUUUGUUGAUGGAAGUGUAUUGGAAGAUAUUGAUGUUAUCAUUUACGCUACUGGUUAUAAUAUUAAAUUUGAAUUUUUAGAUAAAGAAAUUGUUAAUGGGGGGAAAGAAAUUGGACAACAAUUUGAAGAAGAAUAUCGUGAAAAUUUAGUAUGGUUAUAUAAAUAUAUUUUUCCCCCAAACGUUCCUAAUAUCGCUUUCAUUGGUUUGAUUCAAGCUAUCGGUGCUCUUAUGCCUGUAAGUGAUAUACAAGCUCAAUACGUAACUAGUUGUUGGAAAGGUUUAUUACCUAAAAUACCUUCACCAGUUGAAAUGGAUGCUGAUAUUAGAAGAAAUCAAAGAGAAAUUAGAAAACAUUUUUACAGUUCAGCGAGACAUACUAUUCAAGCCGACAUGUAUUCUUAUCUGGAUGAAUUAACUAAAGAAAUGGGUAGUUUACCUUCUCUAGCUAGAGUUUUAAUGACAUUUGGUCCAAGUUUAUGGGGUCAUGUUUUAUUCGGUAUACCAACUCCAAUUCAUUAUCGCUUAUUUGGAAGAUUAUCUUGGAAAGGUGCCAGUGAAGCUAUCACCAAAUAUAAUGGAG